AUGGCAGCUAGACGAGCGCUGACUUCUUCGGCUUCUUCCAUCCGACCGUCGUACCGUAAGCGUCUCGAUGUUAGUCAAGGUGGAGAAACGUCUUAUCCUACCAGUAACAAUCACGCAGCCACGAGAGUCCACUUGCCGUCUCGUGCUAGUAAGUACCGGAACUUGUCAGCUGGAGUGAACAAAAAGCCACGACUUCGUGUUCCAGUGGCAAAUGAGCUCCCGAUCCGUCCUCCAUCGCGGCAGCGACAUGCCUUCCCAACGCACCUCAUAGACACGAAUGCCUUUGACUCUCCUGAGACCACGGCAAGAUGCAGGCGCGGUUCUGGUACGAGCUCAAGGACGUCUAGUGCCAGAAGCAGAGGGAGUCCGACAGAGUUUUUCUCCCCACCUGAAGGUAUAACGGAGCGUCCACCAUCGAGAUAUAUGGUCAAAGCGAAACGAAAUAGCAAACAAGGCUUGACACAGGAUCCCAAUGAAACUUCUCGUCGCGGAGUCGUCGACAAAAUUAUUUUUUCGAGUAACCAAGCGCACCAUGACCCAAAGACGGACGGGUUUGCUGACGUGGAUGAAAGCGUGCCACCGCCAUUCAGAAUUAAGGUCACCACGGAUGCCAGAGAGACGACUUUGGACUCGCCAGAUCCACGAUCGACGACUCCUUCAGCGUUAAAUUCAUCGAGAUUUUCACGGGAUUUGCAACGCUGGCCGUUUAGCAACCAGGAACAGCUCUUGCGGAUGGCAGUCAGAGGCUCAGACUGCAAUCGGAGCGAUCAAUUCUCAGCUGAAAUAGACGCCACACAAAGUCAACUGCAGUGGUUUGGAAAAGAUGAUCAGAUCAACAAUGCGCAUUUAUUUGAGACGGUAAUCUCGCUCCCAAGUCCACGACCUGUAGAACCUGAUGUUGACAUCGCAAUUGAGGAUGAUCUUGAGGAUAGUGACGGACCUCAAACACAUAGUCGGAGUGUAGUUGACAACCAACGACAACCUCAACAGGAGCCUCAACAGCAAGGAGAAGAGCGUUUCCCUUCGAGACGAGCAGCUGCGGCUUCUAAGAUGGCUGCGCUAAAGAAUGCAGUAUCGGUGACGGAUAACCCAGAGCUCCAGUGGAUACGAUCCAGCACGAACCCAUUCUUUGUUGACUCUUCCUUAACUGUCGACUACGACUCGAUGGACCCCGAGACAGCGAUCGAGCAGACUCCGCUUUACACGUCUGAAGACCUCGUGACCCUCGCAGCGACGGAAAUGACGGACUUGCGCUUAGAUGACUACACUGCGCUGGGCGACGCCUCUAUGCCCGUACCCUCAUCAUCUCCUACUCGAAUGGAGUGGGAUUAUUCAAGAUUGCUACCAGCAUCUCGCUCACCUCCCCUUCGCACUUCAUUGGGGAAAGAUUUCCUCAGUCUCUUUGCACAACAUUAA